AUGUUUUCGACGAUCGUGUUUUUCGCUGAAAGAUUGACACGACGAAACCUAUUUUUCGAAAAAAAAUAUAUUGAUCCACAAAAAGAUUCAACCUUAUUCUCAAAUAAUGUCACAAAAGUCAACGCUGCAAUAAUUGUUCUUGCUAGAAAUCGUGAAUUGGAUAGCUUGUGCGAAACAAUGAAAAAUUUUGAGGAGAGAUGGAACAAAAAGUACAAUUAUCCCUACAUUUUUCUAAAUGACGAAGAGUUUACACCGGAAUUUAAGGCUUUAACAAAAGCCACUACGCGGUCCGAAGUUCAUUAUGGAUUAAUACCGAAAGACAUGUGGGAUUAUCCUCCGUGGAUAGAUCAAACGAAGGCAGCCGAAGUCCGUGAGAAGAUGAUCGAGCAAAAUGUAAUAUACGGUGGUUCUGAGUCUUACCGACACAUGUGCCGGUUCAAUUCCGGUUUUUUCUUUCGUCAUGAGCUCGUACAGAAAUAUGAUUAUUAUUGGCGAAUAGAGCCCGGGGUGUCAUUCAUGUGUGACAUUGAUUACGAUCCGUUUAGGUUCAUCCAAAAAAACAAUAUUACAUAUGGAUUUACCAUUUCGCUAUUGGAGGUUCAGUCGACAAUACCGACGUUAUGGGAAACCGUGGAAAGGUUUAUCGACGAACAUCCUCAGGAUGUGAACGAAAAUAAUUUCUUGGAUUUUUUAAAAAUGAAAUUAAUAGGAGGUUACAACGGCUGUCAUUUUUGGAGUAACUUUGAGAUCGGUGAUCUGAAUUUCUGGAGAAGUAGAAAAUAUAUAAAAUUUUUUGAAUACCUGGAUCAGGCCGGAGGAUUCUACUACGAACGGUGGGGCGAUGCACCGGUUCACUCGAUAGCGCUUGCUCUGUUCUUGGAAAAGUCAAAGGUACACUUUUUCAAUGACAUAGCAUAUCUGCAUCCACCCUUUCAGCAUUGUCCGGCUCAAAAAAUGUUUCACGAAUCUGGAAAAUGCCAAUGCAAUCCUUCUGAUAGUUUUGGCG